AUGUCGACCCUAGGCAGCGGCCGGCAAAACCAGUUGCCUAGGAAAGCGAAAUCACUGUCACACUUCAAUGUCACUCAGAAACGUCACAAAAUGGGCACUGAAAUAGCUGGAACUAAAGAAAACACCUCGAAAAACUCGGAAGAUAAAAGGUAUAUUGAGGAAAACAUCGAUCCAGAAAAGAAUAGAGAAAUAGGAGUGGUAUCAAUACCAUUAUUGCCAUCAGUUGUGUCGGUUGGAGAUGUCAAACUUGCACCAACAGUGCCUAGAUCCCCCACCGCACCCAGAGUUACUUCCGCAGAUAACAAUCAUCAAAAAUCAUCAGAUGACAGUUCCGGCUUAAUUCAACCAAAAAAAUCUAACAGCUUUGUAGAGAGCAAGCCCAAAUUCACAAUUUCAUCAGAACGCCUCAUGCAACUCAAAAGAAUGAUCGAAGUCGCUGUCAGAGACCACAAAAUCUUUACCAUCAGAGGUGGCUGGCCAGUUAUAAGAAGAGAAUUAGCGAAAAGGAGCUGGUUAGAAAAAAUCGAACCUGCCAUAAAGCAAAAGUUUUCUACUUUGGAAGACGUUACAAGUAACCUUCCUGCCAAGCAAGAUUGGGAGUCUACACAGUUUUAUGAACAAAAAUGCGAAAAAAUGAUUAUAUCUAGACUAUUGCAAAGUUACGAUGUAGACUUCUACUGGAGUAUGAGAAAGGAUCAAUGCGAUAUGCAGCAAAGAGCGAACCCAUUUAAAUUAAUCAAUCGGUUCAGCAGAUCCCUCUUUGCGUCUAAAGAAGGACUGGCCCUUCUCUUGCAACAAUCUUAUUGGUACAACGAGACCGGUGUGGCCUCUGUGAAUUUUCCCAGGACGUACGUCUUAGGUUUUCCAGACCAUUACAACUUUUUUCUGGAAGAUUUUCGCUUGACCGCUUGUAUAGGACUCCUGAAGUGGUUUGUGGAAGUUUUCGAAACGGGAGAGAAGGCUAACAUCCAGUCUGUGGAAGGGAAGAUUCCAUACGCUAGUUUACAAUUUGCUCUAGACAGGUGUAACGAUUAUAUAGCUAAACAAAAACAUCUGGACAUCGACCGAGAUUUUCCGCAGGUAUGGGAUCACGAAUGGGACCAGUUUUUAAAAAAUUAUUAUCAUCUUUUGCAUGAGGAUGGCUUAUUCAAUGAUUUCACCGAAUCAUUAUCUAAUGCUUAUGGGUUUCAAUGCAUCAAACAAGGAGUUUACAGACUAUUAGCUGAACAAUGUACUACUAGAGCGGUGUCGACAAAAGAAAUGGUCGCUAAUGUUAAGACCACUUUGAAGGAAAUUAAAUUGGUAUGGCCCCAGUACGAGAUAGAUGGUAAGAAAAACAUUUGGAUAUUGAAACCGGGCAAUAAGUGUAGAGGCCGCGGCAUCUACCUGGUCAAAAGCGUAUCAGAUGUCGAUAGGGUGAUGAAUUUGAAAAUGAAAUAUGUCGUUCAGAAGUAUAUAGAGAGGCCGAUGAUUAUUUACAAGACCAAGUUCGAUAUUCGACAGUGGUUUCUAGUUACAUGUGUUCAGCCUUUAACGAUUUGGAUAUACAGAGAAAGUUAUUUAAGAUUUAGCGGUCAGAUAUUCAGUUUGGAAAACUUCCACGAAUCUCUCCAUCUGACCAAUCAUGCUGUCCAAUGCAAGUACACACCGAUGCAACAACGCGAUAAGGCGCUACCUACCGACAAUAUGUGGGAUUGUCACACUUUCAAAGCGUACUUGAAGCAGUCGGGCUGCUUGGAAAAAUGGAACGAUGUUAUUUUUCCAGGUAUGGCGCAGAGUAUAACGUGCGCUAUGUUAGCCAGUCAAGAUACCAUGGACAAAAGGCAAAACACUUUUGAAAUGUAUGGUGCUGAUUUUAUGCUUGGUGAAGACUGUACUCCGUGGUUACUAGAGAUUAACUGUAGUCCAGAUUUGUCUUUGUCAACCAGUGUUACUAGUAGGUUAUGUCCUCAGUGUAUGGAAGAUCUCGUCAAAGUGGUAAUUGACAAAAGAAGAGAUGCAAACGCAAGUACCGGUCUCUUUGAAAUGAUCUACAAGCAAAAUUAUCCACGAGCACCUCCUUAUCUUGGAAUAAAUUUAUCCGUUAGGGGUAGAAAAAUCUUCAAAACCAAAUCCAAAUCUAGUCAUAGGGAGAAAGGCGAUAAGGAGAAAGCACUAAUGCGACUACGAAAACACGAUUUCGUCAAAUCUGAUUUUAUAAGGGAAAGCAAUAUUGCCAAGUUACUACCUCUGCCCAAAUUGCUGUGCCCUAACGACUACAACGGACCAGUCAUCUCCGAUUUUAUCGAAGAAAUACAGAAAGCGGCCCACGAACGUGUCUGUGGAGUUGAUUUCAUUCCUUCCAUCAAAUCCGACACUCAUCAUCAGAAUCAUUACAAUCAUCAGAUUACGACGCACAACAGCAGUUCAAAUACGAAGAAAAUCGACAGG